GCGGUCCCACAGCAUCCUCUGGCCGACGUCUUGAAGGCUCCGACUUGGGCGGACGGAGCCUCGUGCGCAGGCGCGGAGUUAGACCUCGCCGUAGCCCCCAUCGCCUCGGGGACUCUUCAUCCACAGUGGGUCCGCUGGCCCAUAGGGGCGCUUUCCCUUCUCUACCCUCCCGGGCUCCCCGCGCGCCCUACGCGCCCCAAUGGCGGAGCUGCGGCCUAGCGUCGCCCCCGGCCCCGCCGCGCCCCCGGCCUCUGGCCCUAGUGCCCCCCCGGCCUUUGCUUCACUCUUUCCCCCGGGACUCCACGCCAUCUACGGAGAGUGCCGCCGCCUCUACCCUGACCAGCCGAACCCGCUCCAGGUUACCGCUAUCGUCAAGUACUGGUUGGGUGGUCCAGACCCCUUGGAUUAUGUAAGCAUGUACAGGAAUAUGGGGAGUCCUUCUGCCAACAUCCCUGAGCAUUGGCACUACAUCAGCUUUGGCCUGAGUGAUCUCUACGGUGACAACAGAGUCCACGAGUUUACAGGAACAGACGGACCAAGUGGAUUUGGCUUUGAAUUGACAUUUCGUCUGAAGAGAGAAACUGGGGAGUCUGCCCCACCAACGUGGCCAGCAGAGCUGAUGCAGGGCCUAGCCCGAUAUGUCUUCCAGUCAGAGAAUACCUUCUGUAGUGGGGACCACGUGUCUUGGCACAGCCCUUUGGAUAACAGUGAGUCAAGAAUUCAGCACAUGCUGCUGACGGAGGACCCACAGAUGCAGCCUGUGCGGACACCCUUUGGGGUAGUUACUUUCCUCCAGAUUGUUGGUGUCUGCACUGAGGAGUUACACUCAGCCCAGCAGUGGAAUGGGCAGGGCAUCCUGGAGCUGCUGCGGACAGUGCCCAUUGCUGGCGGUCCCUGGCUGAUAACUGACAUGCGGAGGGGAGAAACCAUAUUCGAGAUCGAUCCACAUCUGCAACAGGAGAGAGUUGACAAAGGCAUCGAGACAGACGGUUCUAACCUGAGCGGUGUCAGUGCCAAGUGUGCCUGGGAUGACCUCAGCCGGCCUCCGGAGGACGAUGAGGAUAGCCGGAGCAUCUGCCUCGGCACGCAGCCUCGGAGGCUGUCUGGCAAAGACACAGAGCAGAUCCGGGAGACCCUGAGGCGAGGACUGGAGAUUAACAGCAAACCUGUCCUUCCACCAAUCAAUUCUCAGAGACAGAAUGGCCUCACCUACGACCGAGCCCCGAGCCGUAAGGACAGCUUGGGCAGUGACAUCUCCACGGCUGUUAUCCCCCACGAGCUGAUCCGCACACGACAGCUUGAAAGCGUGCAUCUGAAAUUUAACCAGGAAUCGGGAGCCCUCAUCCCCCUCUGCCUAAGGGGCAGACUCCUGCAUGGCCGGCACUUCACCUACAAGAGUAUCACAGGUGACAUGGCCAUCACGUUUGUGUCCACCGGAGUGGAAGGCGCCUUUGCCACUGAAGAACAUCCUUAUGCAGCGCACGGACCCUGGUUACAAAUUCUCUUGACAGAAGAGUUUGUAGAGAAAAUGUUGGAGGACUUAGAAGAUCUAACUUCUCCAGAGGAAUUUAAACUUCCCAAAGAGUACAGUUGGCCUGAAAAGAAGCUCAAAGUGUCCAUCCUCCCCGACGUGGUGUUCGACAGUCCACUGCACUAGCCUGAGCUAGGCCCUGCAGGGGCCAAGAGGAGCCCAGCUGCUCCUAGUGACUUCCAGUGUGGCAGCUUGUAAAGGAGACACCCAUGAAUAAAAGGGCAAAUGUGAGGGAUGACUGCAAAGUACCACACCCAUCACAGGCCCCGCCCACCUCGGGCUCAGCAGCCUCACUCCUAGCAACCAAGCCCAUGUGACCAGGCCCCUGUCCUACGUGCCAGUGAGUGAGUAAAGGUGCACCUGCAGACCCUCCCCACACACCCGCUGAUGCCACAGGUUUCACUGAUGCACUCCUGGGAUAAGACAUCAUGCAGCCUGGUGUGCAGAGCACACAUGAGGACGCUGCCUGAUCAGCCCCAGCGAGCCUCUCAGGCUGCUCCACCCUGCGGAACCGUUGCUUUUUCUUUCCUGAGAGUGUUGUGGAAACCGGAUGGUGUUUUUAUCGCUCAGCAAAGAUGGUUCAGAAGCCAUGAAGCCAUGUAUAUAGUGGUUUUUAAACAGGACUUAUUUCUAGAUGAA